CGUCAGCGGAAAUGGAAGUAGUGGCACUUCCACUUCCACAUUUCACAAUUCAUGCACUUUUCUUUUUACAAACACUACACUACAGAGUAGACACUACUACACGGACAUACACACAUGCCAACCGCAUUAACUUCCAAAAACCACUGUUAAGCGCAUCUCAAUCCUCAGAUAGACAGAUACCCUCUCUCUCAAAAGGGUCGUGUCCAAAUUUACAUUUCUUUUGAUACAAACAUAGUUUAGACAAAGAUAGAACUAAGUUAAUUGUAAUUAGUACAUAGAAAAAACAGAGAGGGAGAGAGAGAAAAACAUAUAUCAGUUUGUUUGGUUUAAAAUUUGUAGUGUUUUGGGUGUCUUUUAUCUAUGGCUUCUUGGGUUCUUUCUCCGGGCGCUUCGGUCACUGGGACCAGAAGUGACAAGGCCGGGUUCUUGUUCUGGGGUAGGCGUUCGGUGUCUCAGGUGAAGAGUCAGAGGUUCUGGGUUCGCUCCUCUUUGGACUCUUUGGAAACCAAAGUUUCUGACAUGCGUACUAAUGCUCCAAAAGGGUUGUUUCCACCAGAACCUGAACAUUAUCGGGGACCUAAGCUGAAAGUUGCUAUUAUUGGAGCUGGGCUAGCAGGCAUGUCAACGGCGGUUGAACUUUUGGAUCAGGGCCAUGAGGUGGAUAUAUACGAGUCAAGGACUUUUAUUGGUGGAAAAGUGGGUUCUUUUGUUGACCGACGUGGGAACCACAUUGAAAUGGGACUACAUGUUUUCUUUGGUUGCUAUAAUAAUCUUUUCCGUUUGAUGAAAAAGGUGGGUGCAGAUAAAAAUCUACUUGUGAAGGACCAUACUCACACUUUUGUAAACAAAGAUGGUCAAAUUGGUGAACUUGAUUUUCGAUUUCUAGUUGGAGCUCCAUUACAUGGAAUUCGUGCAUUUUUAACUACAAAUCAGCUUAAGACUUAUGAUAAAGCAAGAAAUGCUGUGGCUCUUGCUCUAAGUCCAGUUGUGAGGGCUCUUGUUGAUCCAGAUGGUGCAAUGAGGGAUAUACGGAAUUUGGAUAGUAUUAGCUUCUCUGAUUGGUUCUUGUCCAAAGGUGGCACACGCAUGAGUAUUCAGAGAAUGUGGGAUCCUGUUGCCUAUGCCCUUGGGUUUAUUGAUUGUGAUAAUAUGAGUGCUCGUUGCAUGCUCACUAUAUUCUCAUUGUUUGCCACUAAGACGGAGGCUUCACUUCUACGCAUGCUCAAGGGUUCUCCGGAUGUUUACUUGAGUGGUCCCAUCAGAAAAUAUAUCACAGACAAAGGGGGAAGGUUCCAUCUUAGGUGGGGUUGUAGAGAGAUACUCUAUGAUAAAUCAGCUGAUGGAGACACGUAUGUCACAGGACUUGCUAUGUCUAAGGCUACUAGUAAGAAAACUGUGAAAGCUGAUGCUUAUGUUGCAGCAUGUGAUGUCCCUGGAAUCAAAAGAUUACUUCCAACUCAGUGGAGGGAAUUGGACUUUUUCAAUAAUAUUUAUGAGCUAGUUGGAGUUCCUGUUGUCACAGUACAACUAAGAUACAACGGUUGGGUCACAGAGUUACAGGAUCUAGAACGGUCAAGGCAAUUGAGGCAAGCUGCGGGGUUAGAUAACCUUCUUUAUAGUCCAGAUGCAGAUUUCUCUUGCUUUGCCGACUUAGCACUAACAUCUCCCGAAGACUACUACAUUGAGGGACAAGGUUCAUUGCUCCAGUGUGUUCUGACACCAGGGGAUCCUUACAUGCCCUUGCCAAAUGAGGAAAUCAUAGCAAGAGUGGCAAAACAGGUUUUGGCUUUAUUCCCAUCAUCUCAAGGUUUAGAAGUAACUUGGUCAUCUGUUGUCAAAAUUGGGCAAUCUCUAUACCGGGAGGCACCUGGUAAAGAUCCAUUUAGACCUGAUCAAAAGACACCAGUAAAAAAUUUCUUCCUUGCUGGCUCUUAUACAAAACAGGAUUACAUAGACAGCAUGGAGGGGGCAACUUUGUCUGGCAGGCAAGCUUCUGCAUUUAUAUGUGAUGCUGGGGAAGAGUUGGUGGCAUUGCGGAAGAAACUUGCAGCCAUUGAAUCUCAAGAAAACACGAAGGCUGCCAAUGUUACUGAUGAGCUAAGUCUAGUCUAAUACAUUGUCAUUUAUUAUUCGGGCACUAAGAAACCACCUCAAAUUGUUGAGGGCAGGUGGUGGCUCCACAGGAGUAAGUUUGUUCAAUUUGUAUGUAACACAACGAAAUUGUAUAAAGAAUGAAAUAAUAAUUGCAAGAGAAUCAUGAAAUCAAUCUCAUCCAUCUGUGUUUA